AUGGAAGAAGACACUCUGCCAGUACAAAUAUCCCACUACUUCUCCACCACCUUCAACGCCGAUAUUGCGUGGGCACAAAACUCGCCGGCGACCGACUGGAGUUCCUUCUCUGGCAACGGCCUCCCCAUCCCUUUCGACGGCUUCGAUGAUCAAAUCUUCUCCUGCCUGCUGUCGGACAAUCCACCACUGGCUACGGCUUCCGACGAGAAGCGCCUCCGCAUUUUCCACCUUCUCAUGGCUGCCGCUGAAGCUCUCAACGGCCCCCACAAACAGCGGGCGCUCGCAGGAGUGAUAUUGUUCCGACUCAAGGAAUUGCUUGUCCCGACGGAAUCUGCCGCAACAAUCGUCGAACGCCUGGCUUUACAUUUCACUAAAGCGCUACAAAGCCUACUUUCCGGGAAAGGUCCCUCCUUUCACCGCCAUCCUGCCGCCGACGAGCUCACAGCUCUCCAGCUGAUGCAGGACAUGUCGCCGUACAUCAGUUUUGGCCAUUUAACCGCCAAUCAAGCCAUUCUCGACGCCGUCAGCGGAUUCCAGCAAGUUCACAUCGUUGAUUUUGACAUCAAGGAGGGGCUGCAAUGGCCUUCUCUGAUACAAGCUCUGGUUUCUCAUAAAAACGGAAACUUCACUUCACCCUCUCUCAGAAUCACAGCGGUCGCCAGUGGGAAGUGGUCGACGGCGAAGGUGGAGGAAACCGGUCAAAGGCUGACUGCCUUUGCAGCAUCGGUAAGCCUUCCGUUCUCAUUCGACCAUUGCCGACUCGGACGGAAUCAGAGAUUCCGGCCGGCGGCGGUGAGGACGGUCAAGGGAGAUGCAGUCAUACUAAACUGCGUUCUCCAAUGGCCUCAAACCCCACACCGCACCGCCACCUCCGUUAAAUCAUUUAUCGGCGCCGCCGCCGCCGUCGGAGCAUGCUUGGUGACGGUGGUCGAGGAGGAAAAUGACGGCGGAGAGGCGACGGUGGCGGCUGCGGCGGGAUUUACUGGGAAGUUUAUGGAUGAAAUGAAGAGGCAUUGGGCAAUGAUGGAGGCAUUGGAAGAGGGGUUUCCGAAGCAGAGGAUGGCGAGGGAAAUGGUGGAGAAGGAGAUUUUGGCUCCGAGAAUUGCAGCGGCGGUGUGGAAGGCUUACUGUGAGGAAGAAGGAGAAGUUGGGGAGUGGAUGGCGGCGGCCGGAUUCAGGCGAGUGGAUCUCAGUGGGUUCAAUGUGUCACAAGCUCGGAUGCUGAUUAAGCUGUUUAAUUAUGGUUAUCGGGUUGAAGAAGAAUAUUCGAAUAAGCUCGUUUUGAGAUGGAAAUCGCGGCGGUUAGUUUGCGCCACCACCUGGGCAGUUCCGCCGGCGGCGGCGGCAGAAGCGGCGCGGGAAACUUGCUUAUAACGGAUGUUUUAAGUAAUUUAGGGGUAUGUUUAGCAGAGCUUUUUCAGUCUUUG